AGGUCCUAUACUCACGCAAGCACCAGAAACAGAUAAGCCUCUAGCAAAUUCAAGGUGCCUUACUGCCCCGGGCUCGCAUGCGGAGUGAUUAUUGAUCUAAGCGCCAGCAGGAACACGAGCGACAAACCCGCCCAAGAGAUCAAAAUCACGCGAGUCCCACCGGAAAAUUGGCGCGCGGUCAAGAAAUUGCGCUCUAUUGAUCCGGAACAAAGUAUCCUCUUGACCUCGUCGAAAGGGAGUAGCAGCCUCGUGUUGCGUCAAGCACGAGGAAAUAGCCAAUCCACCACCAAUCUUCAGACUCCGGAACAGGGUGCAGAAGCGUCGAAGAAGGACCGCCAGUACGCCCCAUAUCGAUUAGCAAUCAAUUCGAAAUAUCUGUUGAAUGUUCUCGAAUCGUUCACGGAAACCCUCUUCACCGAAGAGCAGAAUGUCCUUGUGCGCCCGUUCAAGUACCUGGUCGAGUUCGAGUCCGACAUCAAAAACCUGCUGGAAAGUACCGAGUCUUGGUGCAAGGAAGCAGAAGGCGAGAUGAUUCCAUCGACUAAAAUAGAGGAUAUCGAGCGGACUAGAGCAAUGGCUGCACAGCUCAGGCGAGAACGAGAUGAGCUCCGCUGCCUCGUUGAGUUCAUGGACCACGAUAUGAGAGACAUUUUUGAGAUCAAGCGCGCAAUACAGGCGAACACAUUGAGAGAGAUCCGUUUGAGCACCUCUGGCAACUUUCAGGACGACGAUAGUCGGCGACAGGCGUUUCGAGUGCUCCACGUCACCGGCGGACGAGUCUGCUUUGAUACCAAGAAACUGUCGUAUUUCGACCCGGUUAACUACAGGGUGUGGGACUCAGAAUCUGAGGACGAAAGGAGGUGCCGUGACGCCGUGAGGCGUUCCAGUGCGCAGAUGACCAAUUUCAUCAUCGACUGCUUCUAUCUAGAGUCGGACGGGGUUCGCCUGGCGCCGCGACCAAAACGAUUCGCCAUCACCCCGUACUCGGGGAAAAGACCCAUAGCUUCACUCCCUCUGCGGCCGCUUCAAUUUGAUCCGCAGAAGGAGGUGUUAGAGAAGCAACUCGUUGCGAGAGGCGCUCGCUUUAUGGAGGUGGCACAGGGAAAGCAUAUGGAGUACCAUGGGAAUACCAUCGAAGAGUCCAAGAACAGCCAAUAUAGGCACCGGAAUCAUCGUAUUGAAGCAUUCGAGGUUCACGGCGAGGUGGUUGUUGACCAGGAAGCCGGAGUGACGCAUUUCCAGGACACACUACCGGCCUUCAGCCUGGGAACAGGUGGCGGCAUUGUCCUUACGCACACCGAGCCAGACUCAAGAGAAGUAUCGGACUUCUUCCCACAAAAGAGCGAUGGGGACUGGGUGACGGAUGUCUUCAACGACGCUGCGUUCGAGGAGUAUCGACAUAGCGAGUAUUUUACUACGACGGAUCUUCUGACCAGCCGACCUGUUAAAGACAUUCAGCUGUCUGAUGAUCAGCUUCUUUUACUUCCUCCACGAGUGUAUGGAUACUCUCUUCUAGAUCGCCGAUGGGUGGCCUUGAACGUCAGCUUACUGCAAGAAAUCUCGAUCCACGACAAACAGGCGCGAUCUAAACUGGAGGAAUUAGUCCUACCGACUGAGCACAAGAGGGUUUUGCAAGCGCUGAUAACCAACCAAGUCAGACUGCCGCAUGGAGGCUCCAAUCAUGUGCAGGAACAGUUAUCAAUGGACGUCGUGUCCGCCAAAGGCAAGGGGCUGAUCAUCCUGCUGCAUGGAGCGCCUGGGGUGGGAAAGACAUCAACGGCAGAGUGCAUUGCCAUUGAGCUGAACCGCCCCUUGCUAUCAAUAACAUGCGGCCAUAUUGGCACCGUCGCAGAGGAGGCGGAAAAGAACCUGGACUCGUUUUGUAAACUAGCCCAUCGCUGGAGGUGUGUGCUCCUGUUAGACGAAGCGGACGUAUUCCUGGCCAAGCGAGAGCGGGGGGACAUUGCCAGGAACAGUCUGGUAUCUGUCUUUCUCCGGGUUCUUGAAUACUUCUCCGGGGUCAUCAUUCUCACCACCAACCGUGUGGGUGAGUUCGACGAAGCUUUCCGUUCUCGAAUCCACGUCUGUCUCUACUAUCCCAAACUUGAAGAGCGGCAGACGAAAGAGAUCUGGGAGAAGAACAUCCAACGUGUUAAGGAGAGUAACCUCAACCUGGAUAUGGAGGAGAAGAAGAUACGACGUUUUGCAGAUCAGCACUGGCAACGGAAUCUGGACCGGCCGACACGACGCUGGAAUGGCCGCCAGAUCAAGAAUGCUUUUCAGACGGCCAUUGCCCUUGCCAACUGGGAAUUCUACGAUGAGAAGAAUGUCGCAAAGCUCGAGAGACCACUGUUGAAGGCAAAACAUUUUCAAUAUGUCGCAAAGAUCACGGCUCAUUUUGACGACUACAUUAGCGACAUUUAUGGUACUUUUGAUGAAGAUACCUAUUCGUUCUUGGCUGCUAGGGAUGCGUUGCGAGUGGACGAGGCAUCCGCCAUGUUUGCUUCACGGAGCACGACGCAGGAGAAUUCUCGUGCCUCAAAAUCGGGCAUUGUUCGCCGGGGAACCGAUUUUCGUAGUCCUCCGGCUAACCCAGGCAAGCCGCAAGGAUCAAAUUUUGGCCGGUACUCUAGUGACGACGACGAAAGCACGGAUGAAGAAGAAUCGGAGGAGAGUGAGGCCGACAAUGAAGAGGAUGACCAGGCGGAUGAGGUCAAAAAGCUAGAGCUUCAGCUUCAGUUGGCGAAGCUAAAGAAUAAGAAGGCUUCGUCGAGAGGCAGCAAGAGGUGA